UCCAGGGGCAUGAAAUCACUUACAAGUUUGACAGCGAAUCGAACAGAAUGUCAGGGAAAGUGAGACAGAGGGCGUCUGCUAACACAGCAGAUUCAGCCACUGUCUCUGUAAAUGAAAGAAUUCUGAAAGAAUGUCACACUCUGUAUACCGAUCCAGACACUGGUUUGGUGAAUAUUGCAAAAAAUUUAGGACUGACUCUGUUGGCACCCAGGAAAAAAAUCACCGUCCUUUUAAUUGGGAACCACUCUGCAGGAAAGAGCUCAUUUAUUAAUUGGUAUGUGGAGGAGCAUGUGCAGCGGACAGGGGUGGCUAUUGAGACACAGGGCUUCACCUUUGUCACUAGUGGGAAGAAGAGGGAAUCUCUCACGGGCAAUGCAACCCUCCAUCUCUAUCCCCAUUUCGAGCCAUUGCGAGAUAUUGAAGGUGUUACCGAUUACUUGACGACGGAAAUUUCAACAUCAAAACAGAAGAAGUUCAGUUUGGUGACUUUUGUGGACACGCCAGGUCUUGUAGAUGGUGACAUGAAAUAUCCCUUUGAUGUGAAUCGAGCAAUUUUGUGGCUAGGUGACAUGGCAGAUCUGAUCUUUGUAUUCUUUGAUCCUAUUGGUCAAGCCUUAUGCAAGAGAACCCUGAAUCUGGUUGAGAAUCUAAGUGUAAAACAUGCAGAUCGAAUGCGCUUCUACCUUAGCAAGGCAGACGAGGCAGGACAUGAAAGUGACCGUCAAAGGGUGAUGAUGCAGAUUGUCCAGGAGUUGUGUAAAAGACCAGGUCUGAAUCGUACAGGGUUUGAUAUGCCCACAAUAUACAUCCCCAAUGCCAGUGGCAAGCCAAGCAGAUGUGUGAACCAGAUUGAGGAAGUUUGUAAAGAUGUGGAGAAAUCUAUUAAUCAAACCAUCCAGAACACACUGAAUAAUCUGGAAAAGGACUGUGAACAGAUAGCAGAAAUUGUUGAUCGCAAGUUGGAUGAAGACGAUGCUGCAAGUUCUCACAACUUCAGCGCUAGAGGAAAAGGCUGUCUGCUGGGAUUAGUUGGCUUUAUUUUGCCACUGUUAUUGCUGAUUAACUUGUUGGCCAGCAAUCUUGGCAAAGACAUUCUUGUGAGCACCCUUGGAAGAUCAGGAGCAGAAACCCUGCAGCUUUACAUGGCUCCUAUUAAAGGAAUGUGGGAUGUGAUACCCAAAGCUUACCACUACCAUACCUGGGGAUUCUUCUUGUUCAUCUCCCUCGUGUUGCUGAUUGUGGCCAAACUCAAGUCAAGAUUGAAGCCAACUCUUAAUAGAAAGCAAAAGAAGGCUCUUAUGGAAAAGAGAGAUUACGUGCAAAACAUGAUAAAGACCAAGAAGCAAUCCCUCUACCAGGAAUACCUGCAGCAGAGUGUUGCCGACCAUGACCUCUAGGAAAUGCAGACCUCUAAGGAAAAGGCAAAUGUUGUGUCAGGAUAGCUGGGAGUAAAAUUAAGCAACAAGUAGAACACAGAACAAAUAAACAAUAAAAUUACAUAUUUAUUGAAACCCAAUUGUUAGCAGAAGUAAUUUUACUUUUCAUCUGAUGUCAUUUUCAACACAAAAGCCAUAGAAACAAGGGAAUGCCAAUAAAUGGACAAAAGAUGUUUAAUAAAUAAGCAUGUACCAGCAGCAUUACCUUUUUCCAACCCGAUGUCAUGUGGAUUUAAACGGGUUGAAUGAGGUUAAAGUAACUUGCCAUAUUUAGGAGGUGAUGGUGUAGACACAGUAUUAGUUACCUAGUUAAAAAAAGUGGUUUAACUCAUGUUGGGUACAAAUGUAAAACUUGAAGACAAAUAUUCCAAAGGACAAAUGCCAACCUAUAAGGUUAUAAAUGAACCUUGUUAUAAUUUUGUAUGUGUAGGGUAAGGGACGUAGGAUCAAGUUUUGUCAACAGAUAUGCACAAACCAAAGCAGCAGUUUGCAUUUUUCCAGUAUAAUUAUUUAACUUUAAAAAGUAACAGAUAGGAUAAAAUCAUAAGCCUAUUUUAAUAAAUUAAAGGUAAAGAACUUCAUAGGCAGCAAGUCAGUUUAUUUUUCUUCAAAGGCAGCUAAACAGUUUGAAGAAUGUUAUAUUUGUAUUUAUGUAAUAGAGAUAUAAUCAGUACGUUAAACAUGCUAUACUAUAUAUCUGAAAAAUAGUUAAGAGUUUUAUCAUAGCUCUUGUUCUAAAAAUAUAUCGAAAUUGCAUGUACUUGUUCACAAUUGUUUAGUUCUUAGAAAUAUUUCCUGGAAUUAUACUUGUAUGUUUUAAUGAAAUAAAAUGUAUACAUAAAAA